GUAGAGGACUGUGGAGAAGGAAAGUUUAUAACCAGCAGCACCAGGAUGGACUUCCCUGCUACCCAACCAAAACCUACUGCCGAUGGUAAAAUCAUCUACUACCCUCCCGGCGUGAAGGAGAUCACAGACAAAAUUACCAACGAUGAGGUGGUGAAACGGUUGAAGAUGGUGGUAAAAACUUUCAUGGAUAUGGACCAGGACUCAGAGGAUGAGAAACAGCAGUAUCUCCCAUUAGCCUUGCACCUUGCAUCUGAAUUCUUCCUCAGGAAUCCCAAUAAAGAUGUGCGCCUUCUUGUAGCAUGUUGUUUGGCUGAUAUCUUUCGAAUCUAUGCUCCUGAAGCUCCAUAUACUUCCCAUGACAAACUUAAGGACAUAUUCUUGUUUAUUACAAGACAAUUGAAAGGCUUGGAGGACACGAAGAGCCCUCAAUUUAACAGAUACUUUUACUUGUUAGAGAAUUUAGCUUGGGUUAAAUCUUACAACAUCUGCUUUGAGUUGGAAGAUUGCAAUGAAAUUUUUAUUCAGCUUUUUAGGACUCUUUUUUCAGUUAUCAAUAAUAGUCACAACCAGAAGGUACAAAUGCAUAUGCUAGAUUUGAUGAGUUCUAUCAUCAUGGAAGGCGAUGGAGUAACUCAGGAGCUGCUGGACUCCAUUCUGAUUAACCUCAUUCCUGCACACAAGAACCUUAAUAAACAAGCAUUUGAUCUUGCAAAAAUUUUUUUAAAAAUAGUAUUUGCUUCAAGGCAAAUCUGCUAAAUAAUAAUGUUUGCAUUAUAGUUUUUUAACCAGGUUCUGGUGCUGGGAAAGUCUUCAGUAAGUGACUUGUCAGAACAUGUAUUUGACUUGAUACAAGAGCUUUUUGCCAUAGACCCUCACUUACUGCUGUCUGUCAUGCCACAGCUUGAAUUCAAACUUAAGAGCAAUGAUGGAGAAGAGCGCUUGGCUGUUGUUCGACUUCUGGCUAAACUCUUUGGCUCUAAAGAUUCUGAUCUGGCCACACAAAAUCGUCCUCUUUGGCAGUGCUUUCUUGGGCGGUUCAAUGAUAUCCACGUCCCUGUGAGAUUAGAGAGUGUGAAAUUUGCCAGUCAUUGUUUAAUGAACCAUCCAGACUUAGCAAAAGACCUCACUGAGUAUUUGAAAGUUCGAUCACAUGACCCAGAGGAAGCCAUUCGACAUGAUGUUAUUGUUACCAUUAUUACUGCGGGCAAGAGAGAUCUUUCUUUAGUCAAUGACCAGCUACUUGGCUUUGUAAGGGAAAGAACGUUAGACAAACGGUGGCGAGUAAGAAAAGAAGCUAUGAUGGGUCUUGCCCAGCUGUACAAGAAGUAUUGCCUUCAUGCCGAGGCUGGAAAAGAUGCUGCAGAGAAAGUGAGCUGGAUAAAGGAUAAACUUUUGCACAUAUAUUAUCAAAAUAGCAUUGAUGACAAAUUACUGGUAGAGAAAAUCUUUGCUCAGUAUCUUGUCCCACACAAUUUGGAAACUGAAGAGAGAAUGAAGUGCUUGUACUAUUUGUAUGCUAGCUUGGAUCCAAAUGCUGUCAAAGCACUGAAUGAAAUGUGGAAGUGCCAGAACAUGCUAAGAAGUCAUGUACGAGAAUUACUAGACUUGCACAAGCAGCCCACUUCAGAAGCAAACAGUGCUGCCAUGUUUGGAAAGCUGAUGACCAUAGCAAAAAACCUUCCAGAUCCCGGAAAAGCACAAGAUUUUGUGAAGAAAUUCAAUCAGGUUCUGGGUGAUGAUGAGAAACUUCGGUCCCAGCUUGAACUUCUAAUUAGCCCUACAUGUUCAUGUAAACAGGCAGAUAUCUGUGUGAGAGAGAUAGCCCGGAAACUUGCAAAUCCGAAGCAGCCAACAAAUCCUUUUUUGGAAAUGGUCAAAUUUCUUUUGGAAAGAAUUGCCCCUGUACAUAUUGACUCAGAAGCCAUUAGUGCACUAGUAAAACUGAUGAAUAAAUCAAUAGAGGGGACAGCUGAUGAUGAAGAGGAGGGUGUAAGUCCUGAUACUGCUAUUCGUGCAGGACUUGAACUUCUCAAGGUUCUGUCCUUUACACAUCCUACCUCGUUCCACUCUGCAGAGACCUAUGAGUCUCUGCUGCAGUGCCUCAGGAUGGAAGAUGAUAAGGUAGCUGAGGCAGCCAUACAGAUUUUCAGAAACACGGGUCACAAAAUAGAAACAGACCUGCCACAGAUAAGAUCAACACUAAUUCCAAUUUUGCAUCAGAAAGCAAAAAGAGGCACUCCUCACCAGGCAAAACAAGCUGUUCACUGUAUACAUGCCAUAUUUUCAAAUAAAGAAGUGCAACUUGCACAGAUCUUUGAGCCUCUUAGUAGAAGUUUGAAUGCUGAUGUACCAGAACAACUUAUAACUCCGUUAGUCUCAUUGGGUCAUAUUUCUAUGUUGGCCCCAGACCAGUUUGCUUCUCCAAUGAAAUCUGUUGUUGCAAAUUUCAUCGUGAAAGAUCUCCUAAUGAACGACAGGUCAACAGGUGAGAAAAAUGGAAAAUUGUGGUCUCCAGAUGAAGAGGUUUCUCCAGAAGUUCUAGCAAAGGUGCAAGCAAUUAAACUUUUGGUACGCUGGCUCUUGGGUAUGAAAAACAACCAGUCAAAAUCUGCAAAUUCCACACUCCGGUUAUUAUCAGCUAUGCUUGUCAGUGAAGGAGACUUGACAGAACAGAAGAGAAUCAGUAAAUCUGAUAUGUCUCGACUGCGAUUAGCUGCUGGUAGUGCAAUAAUGAAGCUCGCACAGGAACCCUGUUACCAUGAAAUAAUUACCCCAGAACAGUUCCAGCUCUGUGCACUUGUCAUUAAUGAUGAGUGCUACCAAGUGAGGCAGAUAUUUGCCCAGAAACUGCAUAAGGCACUUGUGAAAUUACUGCUCCCUUUGGAAUAUAUGGCAAUCUUCGCUUUGUGUGCCAAAGACCCUGUGAAAGAGAGAAGAGCACAUGCCAGACAGUGUUUGCUCAAAAACAUCAGUAUACGAAGAGAAUAUAUUAAGCAGAAUCCCAUGGCUAAUGAAAAGUUGCUAUCCUUGCUGCCUGAAUAUGUGGUACCAUAUAUGAUUCACUUACUGGCACACGAUCCAGAUUUCACAAAACCUCAGGAUGUUGAUCAGCUUCGUGAUGUCAAAGAGUGCUUGUGGUUCAUGCUUGAAGUUUUAAUGACAAAGAAUGAGAACAAUAGCCAUGCCUUCAUGAAAAAGAUGGCAGAAAACAUCAAGCUUACCCGAGAUGCUCAGUCUCCUGAUGAGCCAAAGGCCAAUGAAAAACUUUAUACAGUAUGUGAUGUAGCACUGUGUGUAAUCAACAGCAAAAGUGCUUUGUGCAAUGCAGAUUCACCGAAGGACCCUGUGUUGCCUACCAAAUUUUUUACACAACCUGAAAAGGAUUUCUGCAAUGACAGGAAUUACAUUUCGGAAGAGACAAGGGUUCUCCUUUUAACAGGAAAGCCAAAACCAACUGGUGUACUAGGUACAGUAAACAAACCAUUAUCUGCUACUGGAAGGAGACCAUAUAUUAGAACCACAGGAUCAGAGACUGGAAGCAAUAUCAGUGUGAACUCUGAGCUGAGCUCUUCUGCAGGAAACAGAUCAAGGGAACAAAGUUCAGAUAUAUCAGAAACUGGGGUCAGCGAAAAUGAUGAAAAUCCUGUGAGGAUUAUUUCAGUCACACCAGCAAAGACAGAACCUGUGAAAAACAAGGAAAUUAAUUCUGAUCAGGCUACACAAGGAAACAGCACUGAACGUGGGAAAAAAAGAACGGCAACAGCAUCUGGAACUGAGAACAUUCAUCAAAAAACAGAAGAAAAGAAUGCAGAAGAAACAGGGCCAUCACUCGCAGCAAAAACCAGGAGAGGGCGUCCACCCAAACCUGAACCUCAGGGCACCACUGCAAAAAAUGAGGAAACAAGUAAACCACCUGUCAGGGGAAGGAAAAGGGCAGCAGUCAGUCAAGAAAAUCCAGGAGGGUUAGAAGCAGGUAAUGCCAAAGCACCGAAACAGCAAGACACAGCAAAAAAGCCAGCAGCAGCACAGAGACAAAUUGAUCUACAAAGGUAA